AUGGCCUCCAGUAGCAUGUCCCAAGCAGUUCCCUGGGAUGAUGACACAGAGGGCAAAAAGCUGGAAAUAAGGGACUCUUUGGAAAGCGAGGGCUCAGGAUCUUGGGAGAUUUUCUCUCCAAAAGACGAGCAUUGUGGCAUUUGGCAUUCGUCUCCGAACAAAGAGAGGCAUGCCUCGUUUGGCGAUAAGGGAACCACAGCCAGCACCACUUGCUAUGGAGACCUCAUCCAGACGAGCCAAUUUCUUGGUGCCGGUCACUCCGGAAUGUUCACAAUUGAUCAGAAGUCCACAUCGGAACCAUGUUACGUCGAAAGCAGAGCUCGGGACUUGCAUUCUAAUUCCACUGACCCAGGCAGCGAUUUUUCAUUCGGACUCGAGGUACCAGACGACCUUUGCCCUGAUCAGGAGAUACCGCCCGAAGUAAAUUGGGUGCAUUGGAGAUGGCCAAGAUUGGGAUUCAGGUCAGACUUGCAGAUACGGGACCUCGACUUUGUGGACGGCUUGUACCUGUUCAAUUUCGACACGGCUGGCAUGUUCGAAGUGCCCGGCCCGCUUGGCCAUGGAUAUGUACAUGUGAACAUCUUGAACCCUAGCCCCAUCACGAGUGAGAAGGAAGACGACCAGCAGGCAAACAGUGACCCUCAGCCAAACCAGCCACCAGAGCGGACCAGUUUGGGGGUUACAUCUACAUUGCAGGACCAACCUCAAACAGACGAGUCUCAGGAGGCGCAAGGCCUCUCGAUGAUCAGCAUCGAAGAGACCGACACGGAUGUGACCGAGGCCGGACAGCAAGAUGCAGCCAGUCUGACCAGCGAGGGAUUCAAAGGCGGUCAGAUUACCGACUCCCCUACAGGCGCACCAAAUGUUUUCCUCGCCAGCCAAGCCUUAACAUGCGGCGACAUGUCUGGCCAUCGGGUCAACACUCCAGCUAGCUUCUUUGCCUUCCGAUUCCUGGUUGAUGUAGCACGCCGAUUGAAGAAGUGCCAGACGAAGACCGAAUAUAUGACUUCGCUUGAAGAGCGAAUCAAAACGACCUGCGGCGGCCAUAUCACAUGGCUCCAGCAGCUUCGGGAAGCCGAGCGGCACAAGGCGGAAAAGGGCAAUUUCUUGCAGACAGGUUGCUUCUCAGCAAAUUAUUGGGUGACAGGCGAGGUCAUGCCCGAGAGCAGCCACAGUUGGCUGCCGCCGAAUGCUAUAACAGACACGGCGUUACAAAUUCUGAAGGUCGCCGAAUACAUGAAACUCGGUCCGCAAGGCGACGCAAAGGAUAAGGCGGAACAAAUCAUAAACGAUGUCUACUUACCGUGGCUUGUCGAACUCGACCGGCUGGACAUACGAAAGGCCUUCGCUUGGCCUCACGCGGGGGUGGAGGGAAUCAACACGUUCCGCCUGGAUGACCACUUCUGGAUCUGGAAGGCAUUGAAGUUUCUGGAUGACAGAGCAAAAAAAGUUCAACCAUCAUUGAGACUUCGAGAUGAUGCCGCAAGGGAAAAAGAAGCGAAACGACUUAAGAAACAUCAUCCGUGGUUAGAACGCCUGCGUCUCACUGGCGAAAAAAGCAUGGUUGAAGCCGCCAAGAAGUUCGCGGCAAUUGCAAAACGGCUCGCACCCAGCAAUGUCCAGCGUGGGAUACUACAGCGAUUUACGACCGAGAACGACGUGUCAAGAAGGAGAAUGUUAGCUGUAACCCGAUCCGCGAGGGAGACGAGGUUCUUGUUUCACGCUCGCGAUACGGCGCUUUUCUAUGGCGAAGACUCUCACUUCUUUCCUCCAAUCUCAUUCGACCAGCUCUGGGCAAACACGAUUGAGACGCAGCCUUACCACGAAGACAACCAGGAUGUCGUCUGGGACAACGCUCUUCGCUAUGCCUUGGGCAUUGUUAUGGGCACUCGCGGGCACACCCUCAACAAAGACACUGCAGCUCGCCUGGUUCAAAAGUGUGUGAGCAUACUGAUUGGCGCCGGCGACCACGACGCAUUCUUUCCCGGAGAGCUGAAGGAAGGGGGAAGGGAGCCAGCGAUUUUCUACGGCGAGGAAUAUAGGGACUUUUUCUACCACGCUGGUUUCGAAAUCAACCAUGUCCUCCUAUCUAAUGCUAGGAAGAUUGACGAAAUUUUCCAAGAGGUGGACGAGACGCAACCCGGCAAUUCAGAGCAGGCCAAGUCAUCGAGUCCAUCCAGCAGCACAGAGGAAGAAUGCCGCCGGCUCAUACAGUCAACAUUGGCUGAGAUGCUUGGCGUAUCCUCACAGCAGCGGUUCGACCGUGUGCUGCAGGCGAUCGACACGACCCCUCGUGUCCUCAACAACGCACGGAGCCUACUAAUGAAGAAGUCCCUCCCAUUCACCAAUGUCAUCUACGCAAGCAACGUCAACUCCAUCGAGGAAGAGUGGCUUUACAACUAUCCUGACUUCCUUUCUGGCAGCGAGAUUGACAAUGAGGACGUCGAAUCUCGGUUGGGUCGUGAAAGAUCUAGCAGCGAGUCUGCAAAGACUACCAUUGCCAGAGCAAUCUCAAAGGCGGACCCACAGAUCAGCAGAGGGAGUAAGGCGAUUCCUACUCUCAAGACGAUACUUGAUUCCCUGCGGGGGCGUCACCUAUCAUUUUGUGUCUUCGAUUGUAAGAAGCAGAAAGGUCUUGGCAGAAGACAGAAGAAACAGGAGCGAGACAGGAGAUAUCUGGUGAGCGACAACCAAGGACUUCUUAAUCUUCUCAAAGCUCCUAGGACGGCGGAGCUUGCUAAAAAGAGGUUCAUAUGGCUCCCCUAUGCCGACUCCGGGACAGCUCUUGCUUGUUGGACAGCCAGCCCUGAGCGGGAGAGUCACGCGAUUUCCCUGUUUUUCGACCGCCACGCCAGGUAUGAGGGGAAUGUCUGGGACGACACCAGUAUUCUUCUCAACGAGUGGCAGACCGAGCUUCAUUUCAGUUUCUACGUCCUCGUUGAAAAGCAGGACACGUGCGGCGAUACUGAGUUACUGGUCAAGGCCGAUAGGCCGUUCCCUGGGCGUGCUGGGAAGCUUCUCCAACGUGCGUCGAUAUCCUUUCGCUUUGAUGGAGACUUCUUUGACCGCUACUGGACUUGUCACUUCAUCGAGCACGUGCCUGGCGAAGAGGAUUCAGACCAAGACCUCCCCUUCCCACCUGGUAGCGAGAAGGAGCUGGAUUCCUCUGACAGAUCCAGCAACAAUAAUGAGCAAAAGAAAUGGUGGCAAAGAAGGGUUUUAGAGCCUUACCUGCUCAACCGAGCCCUGGACAAGAUUGCUCACGCGUCAUGCUUAUUCUUAGACGAACAAUUCGAACAUGCUCUGCAGAGCAUGGAGGAUGACCUGACAUCGACCCUUUCUACAGUACAGAAAUGGAAUAGCAGAGAGAAGGACCGCGGAGAAGAGAACCCAAGAUGGACGCGAAAUGACGAGAAGAAAUAUCGAGCAGCGAUCAAGAAGUUAUGCAAUGCGACAAGAGACAAAACCGAUACCCUGAACAUCCGCCGGGCCGACAUCCGAAGGCUGAAGGAAGCCCUGACUGCAAGACGAUCUGGAGCUUCAUCAGAACGAAAACCUAGCUUUUACAGCAUGAAUGGCGCUCCGGAUCACACCACCAUCGUGUCACUGGUUGUCUUCGCCUUUGCCGCCUUCGCAGUAACCGUCGCUGUCCUGCUCAGUAGCCGGAUAGUGUUCAAGGUCUUUACCCACGACGUAGAGCCCAAGCUUUCUAAGGCUGCCAGCAGUAUGGAUGGAAUGAUAAGAGAUGUUGCUCGCAAUGUGCAGCACAUAAGGGGUGGAGGCGUCGUGGAUUUCUUCCUGGAGUUUUCGGCCCGCAGGGUGGUUUGUGCGGUGAUGGCUUUGCGAGGGGACAAGCUAUCCGCUCAGGCCGCAUUAAAUGUCCUAGCAGGAGUCUUCCUGACUCCGGUUCUAGGGUUGUCAUGGCUGGUGAAAGCGCUGCUUGUUAACAUUUUUGAUAUACUCGAGGCUUGCAGAAUUGACACGCGGAACUGGCAACCAGUGUUCCCAUCUGAUGCCCAAACGGAGCCGAGGCCACACACCACCCAAGAUCAGUAUCUGAUUGACGAGAUCUUGGAAAUCCCGCAAAUCAUGAGGCCUUUUAAGAGAUAGGGAGAGGACGGUUCGGUGGGAAGCGAGCGAGCGGUAUGAGGAACGGAUGACGGAUUGAAAUUUAGAGAACACCUAAAUUCUAGUCAACCAAGUCACUCUCCACUUUUGCUUGCCGCUUGAGGUUUUCCUCCCUCCUACUACCUUGGCUUCACAUCUGUAGACUGACGUCUAUGCUGUGGUUUGAGGCAACAGGAACACAAAUGAUAUCCCGAGUUG